GUGAGAACGUCAUCGAUUCGAGAGAGCGUUCCGACCUCGGAAGACGACCGUCAAGGUGACGACGGCCGCGUUACCGAUCGAGAUGUACUCCGGGGCCUGCAUAUUGCUGCGUCCGCAGCCUGUGACGAGGAAGUCGACGCCUUUGUGCGAAACAAAACUGGCUUGCGGCUGCGUCGGUUUCUGGCAGACCUGAUGGUCUUGGAGACGCUUCGUGACGGUGACUCUGAUCAAGGCCAGGGUCAAGGCGCGAGGCGGAAGAGGGCAACCUUGAGGCACUUGAAGCAGCAGGUCCGCCGGUCUCGCCAGGUGGAACUUGAGUAA